AUGUGUUCCAAGCAAUUUUUCACGUUAGCAGAGCUCACAGAAGCACUGGAUAAUGAUCCUAACUUUCUUGAGCAAUUUGAUGACGAAGAAUGUGACGGAAUCGACAUUGUUGAGCUGCCACCAGAAAAAGUUGAUGUAGUUUCCGAUGAAGAAGAUUUCGAUGAAAAUGAGUUGGAAGACACAAUACCGCGAGAUGUUCCUGGAACUCUUGAAAUUCAAUCCAAUUUGUUAGAUGAAGAGAUGAACAAAGCAGGACCUUCAGGUUUGGCUCAGAAAGUUCGCAAAUGCAGUUCCAAGAAGGAACUUGUGAAAUCAGUUUGGAAGAAAACAAAACCUGAUUUCUAUAAAAUCUGGGGGGAUGAUCAGGAGAUUUCAAAGAGGCAGGAAAAAAUAAAAAAAGAUUUGAGUGGAAUGUCUGCGGUUCAAAUAUUUGAGAAAUUGCUCACAGAAGAUAUAAUGUUGUAUAUAGUGAUGCAAAGUGUCACAUACGCUACCCAAAACAAUCGGCACUCCUUCACAUUUUCGGUAGAUUGUCUUCGUAAAUUCAUUGGGUUUCUGAUACUGACAGGAUACCAUUCUCUCCCACAAGAGCAAAUGUAUUGGUGCGAGGAUGAAGACGUCAACAUACAAUGUAAACCGGAUUCUGUUUCCAUGCAGAACUUUAUGAGGGAAAACAGGUUGAAACUUUCCCAGUUGAAGGUGUUGGAGCCUCAGUGA